AUGAGGCCACAGGACGUAGCAGCGUACUGUACUUGCAACAACCUCCCGAACCCGAUGAACAACACCAUACGGACCUCCCAUAGAACCCAAGCCGCCACAGCCGACUCAUGCACCAACACCCAAGAUGGGGAUAGACAACAGGAGACCCCUGAGCGAACCACACACACUAUCACUCUAGAGACUGAAAAUCCUGAUCCUAGAGCCACGAUCCCACACGGAACGAGGAUAGCUCUCCUUUCCAUGAGACCCACAUCGCACAUACAAACAACCCAGCUGAUUAACUUACGCAAGGCUAGGACACAAGGCACAGGGAGGGAGGGAGGGAAAACAACAUAA